UCGUACGGAGUGACCUCCUUGCACAUCGCGGCUCGCUCUGUCUGGCUGGACAUCAUGCGCAUGCUACUGGAGGCCGGCGCCGACGCCAACGUCGCCGCGACGGAAGAAAGGGGGAGUUUCACCGCGUUACACUACACCUGUGAUCGACUUCGAACCGAGAUGAUUACUCACCUCUUGAAACACGGAGCUGACCCGAACCUCGUCGAUUGUAACAAGAGGACACCGCUCGCUAUAAUAGGCAGCAAGGCGGAGGUGAGAAGCCCCAGAAUGAGUGAGCGAGGAGCACCCGCAGCACCAGCAGAACAAGCGGAGUCAGUGGUACAAGCGGCGUCAGCUCUCCUACAGACGUGUCCGCCGGCGUACUUCUACAGACACAGCGUUGCAUACGAGAACAGGCUGCCUCCGAGUCUCAUACAGUUUGUCAGGGCACACGCUAGACCAACGUAG